AUGCGCUUAGGUGUUGGCGACCACUGGACUCCUAGCGAAGUUGAUCUUACCUCAUUCCGCUCUUUUAAGGUCAUCUUCAGCUCUUUCCCUUACACAUACAACUCCAAUGUGAUAGACGCCAAAGUGCAGAUCCACAACAGCAGCAGCGAAAUGUACCUCUCAGUUGUCUUACAAGUCAAUGAGGAGCUCGACGAUGUGUAUCUUAAUUACAGCAUUGCUUUGGAUUUGGAUGAGGCAAACUACACAGUACUAGCCAAUCGUACACUAAAUUUUUGUAAAUUCCUUAAACAACAUUCAUUGGAUUCCGUACUGCGUAACAUAUAUGAAGAUAUACUGAAAGAAGGUAACUUUAUCAAGAAAUGUCCGAUCGCUAAGGGCCUAUACAUGCUACGUGAAUACCGCAUCGAUGAGGAGAUGCUGCCCAGUUAUGUGCCCGAAGCGAGCUUCUUUGUAGCGAUGAAGAUAUCCAAGGCCAAUGGGCAAGUGCUCUUCGAUGGUAAGCUGUAUGGGAAGAUCGAUAAAUCGAAGGGUUUUAACAAUCUGAAAAUGUUCAGUUUGGGAUAG